UGUCGCAUACCUAGCACCAUCACCACACCAUUUUUGGACCCUCUCCCCCUGGAUGCUUGCCAAGAUUAGCAGAAAAGCUCAAACUAUCCCAAACUGCCCGAACCAUCCACCUUUUGGGGAUAAGUCGCAACUUUAUCACGGUACAGCGAGGGUCAGAUCUCCACACUACGACCCCCAUUCGAAAGCGUACAGGCCCAAGAAAUAAUGAAAAGUGCAAAAGUACAUUAGCAAAUCCACCUUGAUUCAGUAAUUACCAUGGCCUUAGAGGAGACGAGAUCCCAGAUUCCUGCUGCAGCACAAGUUCAACAUCAUUCACAAUGCGAGGAAGAGGAAACUCUACCGAUAUCCGAUCGAAUCUCCACUGAGAACACUUCACUUGGAUCUUCACAAUCAAAACCACUUUCAUACCCACAUUCGCGCUCGCACUCGCCAUCUCUCUCAUUCUCCCUCUCAGACACAAGUCCACAUCCACAGUCACACUCACAUCCACACUCACAUCCACACUCACCUCACCUCUCCAAAUCUCAUUUCCCUAUACAAACUUUACCAAGAACUUCCACAUCUGAAGCAUCAGCGCGUUCGGAAGAGGAAUUAUUAGAGCCAGAUGCUGCUACAGCUCUCGCAGAUUUACACCCAACAGAUACAAUCAUGGAUUCACAACCUUCGGGUCAUCGGCGAAGGAGAAGUAGCAUGAUGAACAACUUAGAUCCGAAUUCAAGAGUUCCAAGGGCAAAGCGAUCACCAAAAACUUCUAUAAUUGGAGGGGAUACGAAAUCUGGAGAUAGAGGGUCAGACGAUGAUUCGAGAUCUAUCAGUGAUGAUAUGGAAUUGAAUAAUUUCUCUGAAGAUGGUGAUUUACAAGAUGAUGAGGAGACCGGUUUGACUGCCAAGUCUAAAGCAAAACGAAAGAAGAAGAAGAUACGGCAUCAAUCAAUGGAUCAUAGAAUCGCGGGAGAUAUUAAAGUAACAACAGAUGAGAAGAAAGAAGCGGAUUGGAAUGUCGUGAGGAAGAGUUUAAUGAAUGGGUCUCUAAUAGGACUUUGGUAUAUAUUUUCUCUAUCAAUAUCUAUAGUAAGUUCAUCUUCCUCUCCUCGCAGAUAUUUUCUAACCUUCAAAAUAGUAUAACAAAUGGAUGUUUGAUCCAAAACAUCUCAAUUUCCAUUUCCCUCUAUUUACAACCUGUAUGCAUAUGCUAGUACAAUUCUCUCUCGCGAGUCUCGUCCUUUACUUCCUACCUCAAUUUCGACCUCGAUACGAUUCUAUUUCCAAUCCUCACAAUACGCAUGUAUCGGAUGCAGAUAUGGCUCAACAUGAGGUUGAUAUGAAGAAACCGUUGAUGACGAGAAUGUUUUACUUUACACGAAUUGGUCCUUGUGGAAUGGCAACAGGAUUGGAUAUUGGUCUUGGAAAUAUGUCUUUAAAAUUCAUAACCCUUACAUUUUAUAGUCUGUACCCCUUUCCUUAGUGGAAAUAUCCUACUAACAUAUACUAAAGCUAUGUGCAAAUCCUCGUCUCUCGCAUUCGUACUUCUUUUCGCAUUCGUAUUUCGCCUCGAAACUCCUUCGUGGCGUUUAGUCGGUAUUAUAUUUACAAUGACAGCUGGUGUGGUAAUGAUGGUAUUUGGUGAAGUGGACUUUUCAACCAAGGGUUUUAUUCUCGUCAUAUUUGCCGCGUUUUUCUCCGGUUUCCGUUGGGGUUUAACACAAAUCCUUCUUCUCCGAAACCCAGCAACUUCGAAUCCUUUCUCCUCGAUUUUCUACCUUGCUCCUAUCAUGUUCGCCUCUCUUCUAAUCAUCGCUACUCCCGUAGAAGGAUUUCCAGCACUUUGGGAAGGUCUGAAAACAUUAGUCGAAGUCAAAGGUCCAAUCUUCGGUCCUUUAAUUUUACUAUUCCCAGGUUGUAUAGCUUUUUUCAUGACAGCCUCUGAAUUCGCUCUGCUACAGCGUACAUCCGUCGUUACUCUUUCAAUCGCAGGGAUUUUCAAAGAAGUAGUUACAAUUUCUGCCGCAGGAUUAGUUUUCCAUGAUCCUCUUACGCUAAUCAAUAUCUCUGGUCUCUUCGUCACAAUCGGUGCAAUCGCAGCAUAUAAUUGGAUUAAGAUUCGAAAAAUGAGAGAAGAUGCUCAAACAGAAGCACAUAGAAUUCAUGAAGCUACAGAAAGAGCAAGAGAAAGUGGAAGUGAUGCAGAUGGAGAAGAUGGAGAAAGUGAUUGGGAUGGUCAAGAAGGAAGUUAUGUUACAAAUGAUGGCGACAUUCUACCAAACCCGGAUAGAUUCCAAGUCAAAAAAGGAGAAAGCUCAAGAGCAGAGAGUGCACCAUUGGUUGGAAACAGCGCAAAGAAAGAUUUGAGUGAUUGACUAUUUUCAUUCAAUUCACUACGUCAAUUCAAAAUUUCUUAUUUACAUAUUAAAGAAAGGAGAGAAGAUAAGAGAGUUGAUUAACUUUCUUUCGUAUAUAUACAUAUACAUAUAUAUUUAUACUUGGACUUAUACUUGGAUUUACAUUUAUAUCUAUUUAUACUCAUGUUUAUAAAUAGAAAAUUGUCGUUAUGCUAGAAAGAAAGCAGCUGAUAGCAUAGCAUGAGAUUGGAUGGGGAUACCCGGCGUUUUGAGUAUGUGCUUUUUAGAUACUGUCUUGGCUUGGAUGGAUGGUACUAUGUUGGUACUGAGUUGGUAGUUUUAUUGAGUCUGAUUUUGGACUUGGGUUGGACUUGGGUUUGGCUGGUAAUAUGUAUGUGGUUGAUCGGUUGAUUAAGUAGCAGAGCAGAGCAGAGCAGAGCAUGUAGAGCAUAGCAUGCAAAUGAGGAUACUUA